AUGUCUCAUCAAACCGCAAGCUCCUCUGCCCAUGCUCAGCCCCACGCACCUCCGAAUUAUAUCCUUCAGACCGUAUUCCCGAUCCUGGACGUCGACGGAGUGGCGAACGACGCAGUUGAAGAUGAGGCCCAGAGGGUCAUGUUAGAGCUGGCCGUUAGACUCGCAAGACGUAUCAUGUUCAGUCCGAUUUGUCGAGACUUGGUGAUCAGAUCGCUCAGUCUUGAUGAAGCCCCUGUCGACGACAAAGCUUCUCUACCUCUACCGCUCGAUCCAAGAACAAUUCCGAUCAACCAGUCCGUUGAGGCCAGGUUUGAUCAGUUCAAAAGAUCGGGGGAAAUGACUAUAGUCGUUGAUCCCUAUCUUGAUGGAUACGGUGGAACCGAUCCAGAGAUCUUGCCUUGGAUCAAAAUACGGAUUGAUCUCGUUCGAUCUGCGGGUAAAGCUUGGGAGAAUCGCUCAUCGAAUCCUAACUCGCUGAAUUACAUAUUGUUCUUUGUCUCUGUGGUCAUCCUACAUGAGAUGGUCCAUCUCAUGCGAAUGAACGACAUUGGCGUAACGGACAAUACACCUCCAAGCAUCUCCAAUGGGGAAAUUUAUGGUGAGCUUGAGGAAGAAGAUGGUACGACUGGUUGGUACGGUGAAGGUGGUUGGGCAUUAGAGAGUUCAUUGCUUGGCGGCGAAUUUUUUGUCGUGAUGUGGCCAUCAGGCCACCCUCAACAAACCUACCCGGAUAAAGUGAGACGUUUAGUGAUACAACUCACUUCACCCGAGCGAUGGUUUUAUCUGCCCAACACGACUAUAAGUCAUAUCGUGGAAGGUCGUCCCGGUUGGCAAAAUUUGCUCCCAUUUGCCGAGCCCGCCAAUGCCAUACCUGGCAUCAACACCGAGCCUAGGUUGCGGCGACACGCCGACCCGCCGCCUGAAUAUGUCUACGAGCGUGACUUAUCUCCACUGGUCAUCGAUCACAAUCCGGCAGUUUAUUGCGGGCAUAAAGGGGCUGCUUGGCGAAGGGGCAUCGAUCUGAUGGUAUUACCGACAUAUCCGACAUUGAUUAUAACCAAAGUAUCACAGAUUAUCCAAUUCGGGCGAUCGGCACAACUCAAAUGGGAUGAUAAGAUCGUGUUGAGUACGUUCGGUGGACAGGAUUUGGGUGAUGAUGGAUGGAAAGAGGUCAUUAAUGGGGUGGAAAGUAUAUCGGGAGAAAAAGUCUUCUUCAUACCUUCGUUCUUCCUUCCUCCUGAGGAGAUAUUAGCAAAAGAUGAUGUGGAUGGUGCGUUCCACUGGAACGGUGCUUGGCCGAUGAACAACCAUACAACCAACUUGGACUCGGACAAACCAUUCCUAAAUCAUGAAAAACCAUAUAUGGCUUCUGUAUCGCCGUUGUUCUUCACUCAUUAUGGUACAGAGGGAGAUUGGGCAUUCAACAAGUCAGUAUCUCUUGAGAACGUACAUGUUAACAUUUUCUUGAGCUCAGCUGACGGGUGUUUCGAAUAUUUUAUAGGAACUGGAUAUCUCCUCUCUUUACCUCCCGAUCAAUCACCGCAAUUCAUCGAAAUCAUCUCAUGGAACGAUUUCGGCGAGUCGCAUUAUAUUGGACCUUUAUUGGGUGCUCAACCUGGUUCUGAGAGAUGGACGGAGGGGAUGGACCAUGAGGGAUUUAGAGUCAUGAUCAAGUACUUCAUCCAAAAGUGGAAAAACCAAAUAUGUCGUAGUCCAGAGAAGGAUUCACCUUCCAAUGAUGGAAACGGAGAUAAAGGGAAAUUGGUAGUAUGGUAUAGGACUCAGAGCAGGGAUAUGAGCACUGCGCAAGAUAGGGUCGGCAAACCUGAUCAUUCUGAAUGGGCCCAAGAUCUAUUAAACUUCUUCAUUCUCCUUCCAACCUCCCAAUAUUCCUCAAAAGAUACGUUCACUCUGCAUAUACAGAAUGGCGGUCAUUCCCAUCGACCGAUCCCACUAGAGGUCGGCACAGUCAACCUGAUACCUGUUCCUUUCUAUACUGGACAAGUAUCAUUCCAAGUGAUGAAAUAUGGCAAACAAGUGAUUAUCGAGGGUAAAGGGAUGGAUGUCAGCCAAGAUGGAGCAGGAGGAGGGUGGAAUUAUAACAUGUGGAGUGGUGUUUUUCAUGCAAUCUAA